AUGGCUGGUCUCGUCGAUAGUCGCGAUUUCUCGGGGAGAGAUUUGCAUGGGACAUUUGCCAUAGCCAUCUCGGUUGAUAAUCCGGCAUCCGGCCGUAUCCCAGAUCUCAUUUGCGGCUUUAUUCAAGAUGAUCUCGAGGAGUACACCGGCAUCGUGUGCUAUGGUAACCCAACAACAUGGCCACAUCAAUUACUGAUUUCCCCUGCCUCAUCACAAUGA